AUGAAAGGUUGCUUUGCAACAAGAAAUGGAUUAAUAGUAUUGACUUGUGCAAUAAUUUUAUCUCUCUUAGUAUUAUUAAUAACAAAUUGGAGUUUUUAUGAUAUUUAUGUGGCUGAUUUCAAUCAUUUGGACCGAUUAUCGGUGGUUCAAGUAACUCGAAUUUUCCCUCAAGGAGGUGAUGAUGUAAAAUUUGAUCAACCUUGGGCUUUGCCAAAUAUAAAAAUAAUAGAAAGCAUAGAAGAUAUCAAUGAAAGUGAGCGUUAUGUAAUAAGUAACUUUUCAUGGAGUCCAGGAUUGGGUAACUUAAUGUUUCAAUAUGCAUCUUUACGAGCAAUAGCUGAGCGAUAUAAUGCGAAGUUAAUUAUCCCCGUGAAAUGUACAUUACGACGAGGGUUUAAAUUGGAUGCUAUUAUAGUAAACAAUGAGCUAAAUGAUGAGCUAAUUCGACAGUACAGCUCAAGUAAACGUCAUUUUGCUGUUACACUUUCAUAUCUUAUCAAUAAAAGACAUAUAUUUUCCGAAUUUUACAACUUUAAUGACGGAAUUUUUAAAAUACAAUGUAUUUUUUUGUCAUGCUGCAAAUAUUAUGGAAAAGAAGUUGAUGAGUUAUUCGUUGAUCAAAGCUUCGAAUAUAUUUCGGGAUAUCUUCAAUCAUAUCGUUAUUUUCAUCCACAACAGGAACAUUUGAUUCACAAACAAUUCACCUUCUUACCAGAAAUUGUCAAACUAGCGGAUGAUUAUUUGCAAGAAGCCAAGUAUGAAAAACUUCAUGCAAGAGUUACUGAUAUAAUACCUGCAGAUAUCGAUCUUAGAAAUUAUCCUGAUCAUGUGGAUAUCAAUAAAGACUUUUAUGGUCACGUAUACGUUGGAAUACAUAUACGACAUGGAAUGGACAUUACAAUGAAUAGUCGAAAUAUAAAAUAUGGCCAUACGACCAUCACAAAAGAUUAUAUCAUUAACGCAAUGAAUUAUUUCAGGUCGAGAUUCGAGAAAUUAAUAUUUGUAAUAAGCAGUGAUAAUGAGCAUUGGGUUAAAACAAAUAUCAAUCAUACUCGUAAAGGUGAAAUUUACAUCGUAUCAUCGGGUUAUCGAGAAGUUGAUAUGGCAACGCUUAUUCGUUGUAAUCACACAAUAAUGAGUACUGGUACUUUUUCCUGGUGGAUUGCUUACCUGACAAAUGGUACCACAGUAUAUUACAAUAAUUGGCCAAAACCUAAUUCAGUAUUGGAGAAAAUGAUAAAAAAAGAUGAAUAUUUCCUGAAUAAUUGGAUACCAAUAUCAUAA